UCUGCAUAAAAGAAUGAGGGUCGUUAAAAUCUAUCUGCAGUGUCUGCAAUUUAAUACUCUGACAAGCAUGGCAAAGUUAUUCAUUUCAGAUGAGAUUCAUAAGUACAGAGUAAUGAUAAAUAACGUACAUAAAAGUGAAAACUGCAGGUUAUUUUCUGUCACGAGUUUGUAUUCAUACAAUGAUUUAGUCUUUGGGACAUUGGCUUUAUGACUGUGAUUUGGAGAAAGGGGCAGAACUGUUUAGAAGUUACCUGGCUUUGCAGGCAGUGUAGACAAGGUCAUGGUACCUUGUUCUACUGUGCCGGUUGCAGAAAAGAAAUACCAAAGAUAUUGACUUAAGAGCAGGGAGCGGGUUGGAUUUCAACAGCUGUGGAAGAUGACCCAGGAUCGAACACAAAUCUAUAAUUCUAUCCCAAGGCAGAAGGGCCCCAUAAGGAUCAUUUAGACCAAUUCCUGACUGCACACAGGACCACCCAAAAUCUGAAAUACCUGUUGUUCGUGACUUUGUAUUUUGUGAAAAGACCGUUCUUAAAUUUGUUUGCUUCUUUGUGACUGUGGACAAAUGUGCAAUUGUCAUAUGCCUCAGCUUGGGGCAAGAGGCUAUUGCCUCAAGCACAACAGCAUAAGUGGCAACUGCCUCAUUACUUGUUUGGAAGUCGUAGUGGCAUGUCUGCCAGCAGGUGAAAUUGCUGUGUUAAAACAAUAAUAAUGUCAGCUCCUAAAGCUUAGAUGCAUGGCUAUCGGUUUUUAGACCUUUUACUAGAAAGUGUAGUGAAGGAGAAGCUGUUGUGAAGCAGCAGCCUGAAUGCGAGCAACUCAACAGCCUGUGUGUGGAUGCUGUCUGAGAUAGCAACUUUCGUACAUCCUUAGCUCCUUGUGCAUCACAGGUAUUUCUAAUCUCACUCAAGCAACAACUGAUUUCUUUUGAUGUUUGGUGAUAUGACAGUUAAAACAAAAGUGUUACUCACAUCCUAACUAUGCUUUAGAACCUGAUGAAAAAUUAGAUAUUCUCCAAAGAGCAACCCUGAUGCAGUGACUUUUCUGGCUGCAGUUAUUAUAAACACAUGCUGAACAGUUGUUGUAGUAUUCUAGACUCCCUUAAAUUUGGUGAAGAAACUGAUCAGUGUGACUAGAAAAGCAGAUUGUUUACAAAGGAAAAGGAUUGUUACUUGAUUAUUAUUUCCUUGGCAAAUUUCCACAAUACUUUCUUAAGUGAUCAUAGAUAGGAAGCUGAAGGUAGUAAAAUAUGAUGGCAAAAAUCUAGGAGUAAGCUGAGAACAGCUUUAGCGUCUCGUAAAAUUGUGGGGUUUCAGCUCUGCUCCUGCUAGAAGGAUCUGCUGUGAAGACUUGAGCAAUUUAGCUUAGCAAGCAAAGUCUGGGAAUGUGACUGGCCCUAUUGAUACCUUUCUGCACCUGUGGCUUCAAAUCUGUCACGAACACACGCAGAUUUCCAGUUUAGAGAUACCUUCACCUUCCUUCCUGUGGAAAUACUAUGAACCCGAAGGCAUUAAUUUUCCUUCUCCCAAAUUUUAUUUUUGGGAUAUUUCUUUUUGGAUUUUUCUGUAGGAGGCAAAAAAAUCUAAUGGUUGCAGAUUCUUUUCCUGGUCCCACUGAAGAUUGGUUAACAAUUCAAAAUGAUCGCAGAACCACACUGGCUUCCAUCUGCCAGAAGAACAACCUCAUUAAAUUAAGAAGUAAAUUGGAUUCUCAUGUUGCAAGCCAGAUUUUUGUGGAGCACAAACAUAAAUUUACCUACUGUGAGGUGCCCAAGGUAGGCUGCUCCAACUGGAAGAGAACUAUUUUUAUUCUCCAAGAAGGCCUGAAUGUGGAAGCUUCUGAAAUUGAGCAUAACCACAUUCACCAAACCUCACUGAUCAAAAGGCUGAGUGCUUACCCUCCUGCCUUACAAGAGGAAUUUCUAAACAAUUACACCAAAGUGAUGUUCACCAGACAUCCAUUGGAACGGCUGGUAUCGGCUUACAGAGACAAGCUUCUGCACUCUGAGCCAUACUAUAGUAUCACUGUUGCUAACCAGAUUAAAGCAAUGUUCAGGAAAAACAAAAAUUCCUCUGAAAAAGUGAGUUUCCAGGAGUUUGUCAGCUUCAUUACAGCAAAACCACCAAAUACUCUUGAUAUUCACUGGAAACCAAUGGUUCUGCUCUGUGAUCCUUGCAACAUUCACUAUGAUAUUCUGGGCAAGUACGAAACUCUUGGGUUAGAUUCUGAGCAAGUUCUGAAGGCAAUUGGUGCACCAGAGAGCCUGCAGUACCCCAGCUUGAAGAGAUAUGGCUCAGAGAAACGAACUAAUGGUGAUAUCACCUUGGAGUACCUCAGACAAUUGAGCUCAGAACAAAUUGAGAAGAUAAAAGAAUUAUAUCAGUUGGAUUUUCUCUUAUUCAACUAUACUAUGAAAUAUGAGAACUAUUUUUCUCUGAAACGUUAAUACAGUGAAAAUUUUCAUUUGUACAAAAUGGGCUGAACUUGUCCUCACAGGUGCUUGAUAGAUGGAUGGGUAUAUGACUGCUGAUGAGAUUUUACUGGUGUUUAGAGACAUGAUUUUAUUCAUCCUAAGCACUCUUAUAACAAAUCCCUGCCAUGAUCUGUAGUACAGUGCUUCACCUAUAUGGUAUUUUUUUCUUUCUGAUGAUCAUUGAGAUAUGUUUGCUUCCCAAAGACUGCUUGUAAAAUAUAGAUUUUAGUCUGUUGGUAAGAGAAGAGAGAAAAGUGAAGAACGUUGUUUUUCACAAUUAGUAUUUUACAGCAAUUUUUUAAUAAUUUUUUUUUAGAAUAAGACAUAAAGCAAUAAAUAAUAUACUUUAGCAUUAAACCACUCUGUCUAUACAAGCCUCAAACAUGAAUCCUGUGGGAAAGAAGCAAAUAACUUUAGAUAUUUGAAACUGUGUUACAGAGAACUUAAUACCUGAUUAUAUUCCUCUCUGGCUCUUAUAACAACAAGCCAGCCCCUUCCAUCAAGCAGAGUAGUAAGCAGCAGUCCAGCCAGGGCUUCCUUUAUGUGUCUUCAGAGUCUUCUGAUUCUUUUUACCACCUUUGUGAGUAUUAUGAUCUGAUCUAAGAGGAAAGUCUAAAAAAUAUCUUCCAUAGAGAAGUUAGAGGUACUUUCUAGACUGUACAAUGGAGGUGGUGCAGGAUCUGAAUUUAUAGUGGAAAUGUGGCUCUGACCUAUUCUUCAAAAGUACUUUGCAACCAUCUAAUUGGCCAGUCAACACAGGGGUGACACCAUUUGGGCUUUUCACAUCUGUGCCUGCUGGAGAUCAUGAGCCUUGGAGACUUACCUGAGUAUGGUACUUAGGUGAAGGUAAUAUAUUUGCUCUACCUGUUGCUUUCUCACCUCACAGAAAGGUGAAUGCAAAUUAACUGCAGAGUUAUGGUGAGGGAAACAAUGAAGCGUGUGGGAGAAGCCAUGUAGAACAUAAUCCAUCUCUUCCGCUCGUAGGUGGCUUUGGUUUUAAAUCAAGGAGAUUUGUUAAGUACUUUUGCCCUAUUUUUUUUGAAACCUAUUGCCUAGUGUCACUGAAAAUUAUUUACGAUCAUGUCAAUUGUAACAAUUUUCAGAAACUAUCCAUUAAUGCCACCUUUAGGGGAUGUUGAUUUAAGGAGCAAACUUAAAAUCUCUUAAAUCCCUCUGUCAAAUGCAGUUAUUUCCUACCAGCUAUGUCUGCAAAUAAACAAAGACUGGCCAGCCUAGUCCUGGAUCCAGUGAUGGCUCACAGCUUAUUACACAGAGAAGGACAAAAUAAUUUUGUUGCAUUGGAGCCUACUAGCUGCAUAGCCAUUCCUGCCAGCAGAGUAGCCCACAGAUAGAAAAAGGAGAUUGGGAAAAGUGGAUGUGAUGGGAUUUGAGUCAUGAGAGUUGUGAGAAGAGCUCCUAGUGUAGUCAGUGGCAUUCAGGGCUGGUCUACCCCAGAGGGAAGGUCAAGUGAUAUACUGUAUAUCAGCUGGAGAAAGUGAGACCGUGGGAAGAGGUAGAGGCAGAAGAAAAAGGUUUGCAGCCCUUCUCGAUGGCAGAUUGUAUGUGAAGCCAGGAUUGCAGUUCAAUACGUCUGGCAGUUCUUGUAUGGAUGACUAUCCCAUAAAUGGGACAGCUUUGACACGGGAAGGGAUCCAAAGUAAGAAACCAUGGCAAACUCAGCAAAACAACUUUAAAAAAAAUAAAAAUCUUGUGAUUCUUUUCCGAGUGAUUCAUGGCUCUGGAUCACCAUAUUUGGUGUCCCUACAGUCCUACUAUCUCCCAAUAUUCAUGCCUCUCUGGAAAGCCUGUACUUUGCAUAUUGGGUAUUUUUAAUUUAAUUUAAUUUUUUAUUAUUAUUGUUUUAUUUGUGCUGAAUCAGAGGAAGCUGGAAACAAUUCCCAUCAAAGUUAAGUUUGCACAGAAGGAUGUGGACUUUGUCUUUGCUGAAUCAGAUUCAGUGCCAUCUCCAGCUAUAUGCUACUCCUAUCUUUUGCCAGAUUGUGCAGAGGAAAAAGAGGGAAAAUAAGAUUUGCUUGAUAACUUGCUUCUGCAUGAUAAAUCCUUCCAGAGCUGUAGGCUUCAGCACAGGUACUUCAAUUUUCUGCCACCACCAGCCAGCCUAGGAAAUAUCUGAUGGAAUGAUACUGAUGAAGGUGUCUUUGCUUGUCAGUACUUUAGUGUUAACACUCCCCACCAGUUUCUUGCUGCUAUGUGCAAGUGGCUUUCUAUUCCUAUUUCCUCUUUUACCCAGAAUCGCAUACAUAUUCUUCCUACAGUGAUGACAGAAAAUGGUUGGGUAAUUCAUUUGUCACCAGAUACUAGUCAGUAACUAGGGGCUAUUGAUGCAGGAAAACCUCUGUAGCUAUUCACAACAGACUUUCAGACUUUAGCAUUUACCUCUAUGCAAACUGUAUGCAGUAAAUUUCCAGGAACUGCUGGCUGCUGUAAUUGUGUUUAGCAUGUGUGGAUCUCAACAACAACAACAAUCGUGGAGGAUGUGUGUGUGCACAUACAACUUCAGAUGUUUUAGAAGGAAGUAACGUACAAGAACAGUUGUGUAUUAUCAAUACGAACAAAAUGAGGAUGAUAGCUGAACUGCUGGAAAAUAGGAAAAAACGGCCAUUGCCUUAUAAAGGCUGUAAUAACAUUGUCCUGCAGGUCUCUUUUCAUGCUCAACCCAGCACAGUGCAUUUCUAUCUCUCAGCUUGCAAAUAAUUCACAACAUCUCCUCCCUCCCAAGAGCUGCUGUUCAGUGAGGCAGGAGCACACAAUAGCUCAGCAGUAUUUCAGAGUUACUGAAAACAAAGGUGACUUGUUUUACACUGUCAUUGGAGGCUGUGCCACUUUGUUUGUUCCCCAGGUGAACCGUAGGGCUCGUUUCACUAAAUAGCUUUUUAAGUUCUCCAAUUAAAGGACGUACCGUCAUUUCAUUCUUGGUACUGCAAUAUAAUAAAAGUUGAUGAAGGCUCUGGACCUUAUCCUAAUGAGCCUGCAAGAACUUUGAGGCACCUAUACGCUUCAUGGUGAAAAGGAGAAGACAAUUACCUCUUGAUGACCUGUGAGAGAGGUAUCUUGCACUCUCCUCCCUACAAGUGUACUAUCCAGAACAGAGGCUCUGAGCUGAACUGGCUUCUGCCUACGUUUGCAGGAGAAGAACAUCUGGGGAACAUCUUUCAUUUCAGCUCUAACUCUGGGUGAUGUUUUCCUGGGAGGCAGUUGGGUGCUUGCAGAUGGGAACAAGGAUGGAGGCAGCAUGGAGGGGAGAGGGGCUCAGGUCCCAGAGUGGACUGGAAGGGGUAGAGGCCAUAAUACAUCUUCUGAUUUAUCAUUAUGUUUGUCCGUGAUACAACCAUUGCUAUGCUUUAUAUCUAAUGACUGUAAUAAAUGGUAGCGAGUUGACGCAUUCAUCUAUUUGUUCAUCCUUAUCAGUAACAUCUGUUCUUAAAGAAAAGCCACAAUGCUCAGGGCUGUUCCAUCAAAUCAUAAUAUAGCUACAAGCUAUUAGACAACAAUAAAUAAAAAGCCAUUUGACUGUG